AUGUUCUCAAACGAGUCUGCAGUGAAUAACACACACAACUCUUUUGAAACAGAAUUUUCGACGAGGAAAAACCUUGCGCUUUUGUUUAGCUACUUGGUGCUGAGUGCCAUCGGCGUGGUAGGGAAUUCACUGGUCAUAACACUAAUAGCAAGGAAACGCGGUAUGCGAUCAACAACGAACAUACUUCUGGCCUUUGUGGCCGUGGCUGAUUUGAUCUCGUUGAUCAGUUUUGUGCCAUUUGCUUCGUUUCUCGUAUUUCCACCUCCAGGAGGCCUUCUUGGCGCCAUAUUUUGCUGUAUUUUCGUUAGACCAAAUGUGGCAAGCUUAACCAUUGCUGUUUCCAUCACCACCCUCGUCUUGUUAGCUAUUGAGCGAUACCUUGCACUUUUGAAACCCAUGAAAAACAGGCUCCGUUUUAACAAGGAUAACAUCACAUAUUGUGUCAGUGGAAUCCUGUUAUACGCUUUGGCUCUAACUGUUCCUCUAUUCGUUUUCACUGUUUUCGACAAACAGGAGAGAACGUGCAAAUAUAACUUUGGAAUUCACGGCAGGCGUAACUACUUUGCAGUUUUCGGCUUCGGAGUUGCGUUAGCUGUGGCAGUGAUAUGUUUCUGUUAUUGGCGAAUAAUCAAAGGAUUUUACUUCGGAAGUCGCAAAGUUUGCGUCAGCGCAGAGCUACAGCAAAAGCGAAAGGUUGUGAAAUUGCUGUUUCUCAUAACGUUAGCCUUUAUCGUUUGUUUUAUUCCAAGAGUAAUUUAUUUCUUUUUUUAUUUUUCCAGUAAGGGCUUGUUUCAUCAGAUAUCUUUAUUUCUGUUGCAUUGCAACUCAGCAAUGAAUCCUAUGAUUCUUUAUCUUCAAAGUGAAAACUAUCGCACAGGAUUCAAGGAAAUCAUUCAGAAAGCUGUGGGCAAGUUCAAAAACAAAGCCGCAGGUGCUCCCGUUUGA